GGAGGUGAAACCUGGGACGCUGCGUGUCUCCGCCCCGCGGUGCAGCUAGGGGGUGUGCUUUGGGGGCAUAAGGGAUAGCUAAAUAAGUGGAGGGCCCAGGGUCGUACCGCGCUCUGCCCUUCCCUAGCUUCUAGGCACUAAGCCUGCACGAGCCCAAGGGUGAUUUUUCCUUGGGCCCAAUAUGAUACUAACCAAAGCCCAGUACGAGGAGAUAGCCCAGUGCCUAGUGUCUGUACCGCCCACUAGGCAGAGCCUGAGGAAGCUGAAGCAGAGGUUCCCCAGUCAAUCGCAGGCCACUCUGCUGAGCAUCUUCUCCCAGGAGUACCAGAAACAUAUUAAAAGAACACAUGCCAAACAUCACACUCCAGAAGCGAUUGAAAGUUAUUACCAGAGGUACCUGAAUGGCGUGGGGAAAAACGGAGCAGCCCCCGUGCUCUUGGAGCUGGCCAAUGAGGUGGACUAUGCACCCUCAUUAAUGGCUCGGAUUAUCCUGGAGAGAUUUCUACAGGGGCAUGAACAGACUCCACCCUCCAAGUCUGUUAUAAACAGUAUGCUGCGGGACCCUUCUCAGAUUCCAGAUGGAGUUCUAGCAAACCAGGUCUAUCAGUGCAUCGUGAAUGACUGUUGCUAUGGACCGCUGGUGGACUGCAUCAAGCACGCUAUUGGCUAUGAGCAUGAAGUCCUGCUGAGAGACUUGCUUCUGAAGAAAAACCUGUCAUUCCUAGAUGAGGAUCAGCUCCGUGCAAAGGGCUAUGACAAAACCCCAGACUUCAUUUUACAGGUGCCAGUUGCUGUGGAAGGGCACAUAAUUCACUGGAUUGAAAGCAAAGCCUCAUUUGGUGAUGAAUGUAGCCACCACGCCUACCUGCAUGGCCAAUUCUGGAGCUACUGGAAUAGGUUCGGACCAGGCCUGGUCAUCUAUUGGUAUGGAUUUAUCCAGGAACUGGACUGCAACCGGGAAAGAGGCAUCCUGCUCAAAGCCUCAUUCCCCACAGACAUCGUCACCUUAUGCCAUAGCACAGCUUGACCCCGCAGAUCCUGGAAGAGAAGCCGGAAGCAAUGUUACUUUCCUGCAGUAUAAACUGCUGGCAGCAUCUGCCCUGAACUUGAGCUGAACCCUUGCUGCCGUCGCAGCCCUACCUCUAGACAAACAUAUCAGGAGUUUCUGUUUUCCUUCAUCCCUGGGUGAUGUGAAUAGCCAAGAACUACAGACACAACCCACUCAUUAUCAGCAUUUCUGUCUCGGACAAACACUUAGUUUAUAGAUAGUCAUAAUCUUGCUUCCUUCCGAAUGCUUUCUCCUUGUAUACUGAACAGAAGAGAAAGUAUGGAGACUGCAAGGUGUGAGUUUUCACUUCUCCUCCCUGUGAUCAAAUAGUUUUCUAAUCCUCCAU